AUGAGAUCCUGGUUCUCGUUCCUCCUUUUGUCCCUGACGACGAUUGUCGGGGUCACCAAUGCCACCACCGAAUACACGGGGACAACCUGCAACCCCCUCAACAAGACAUGUGAUGCGGAUCCGGCCCUCGGAACAGAGCACACGUGGCUGUUCAACUCAACUCUCGACAGCGAUCUCUGGGACAUGCGCACCGGCACUCUGGACUAUACAUCCGAAGGAGCCGACUUUAUCAUCAAAACCGAGAACGCGUCGACGCUCCUCGUGUCCAACUUUUAUAUUUUCUUCGGCGUGAUGGAAGCGCACGUCAAGAUGGCCAAGGGGGCCGGUAUUGUCAGCAGUGUGAUCCUGCAAUCGGACGAUCUCGACGAGAUCGACUGGGAGUGGGUUGGAUAUAACACGAGUGGAGUGCAGUCCGAUUUCUUCGGCAAGGGGAAUACCACCACGAGUGAUAGGGGCGGAUAUCAUGCGGUUGCAAAUGCCGAUACCGAGUUCCACAACUAUACCUCGUACUGGGAUCGAGACCGCAUGGAAUGGUGGAUUGACGGUGACUUGGUGCGGACAGUGAACUAUUCCGAGCCGUUGACUGUCUACGGUAAAAACUACCCGCAAACACCGUGUCAGGUCAAGGUUAGCAACUGGCCAGUUGGAGUCAAGGGACAGUCGCAAGGCAAUCUGGAAUGGGGUGGUGGUUUGGUUGACUGGGACGAUGUUCCGUUCACGAUGACGGUAUCGAAGAUCCGCGUUCAAGACUUCUCCACUGGAAAGGAGUACAAAUACAACGGAACCACGGGCACCUAUGGCAGUAUCGAGGUUGUCAGUGGAAACUCAACUGCCGUGACAGUAAUCAACAAGAAACCAGAGAAGACCCUCGCCCAGAAAUGGGCUGAUCUUGGCAAUGGAGCGCAUAUCGGUGUGUACGUCGGUGCAGCUGUGGCUGGUGCGCUUAUGAUUGCCGGAUUCGGAUUCUGGUGUAUGAAGCAGCGUCGGAGCGGCCGUCUACAACGCGCUUUGAACGAUGACGAACACACCGCCGAGCUCACGACGUUGGAGCAGUCAAAGUUGAGAUGGAGGCAAAGUGAGUUGCGUAGCAAGGGCAGCUACCAGCCGGUACCUUAA